GCUCCCCGCCUAUAGGAAUUUGGAUUUCUGCGGAAAAUAAGGUCUGAUUAACAUAAGCACAAGAUAGUUUCAUUCUACGAGAGAAAGCACACCCAUUAAUAUCUCAACUGUCAAUUUCGAGGCUCUUAUGUGCUUUAAAAAACUAAGUUGCUCACAAGUUCUUAUAUCAAAACUACGACAAGGGUCGCAUUUUGCUAUUCACUGCUCAUGUUUUCAACUUUCCAUACUAGCCCGUCUGCACGCGACAACCGUUGUAGUUUCAAUAUAGCAACGCACUUUUUUUAAAGCACAUAGUCUAAUGGAUAUGAAAAAUAACGGUUUGAGAUAUUAAUGGGCGUAUAGCUUAAUUUUUCUCGUAGAACAAAGCGAGAAAACGGAAUCCGUAAGAGAAAAAAAGCACUGGAAAUUUGCCAAGGGAUGCCAUGGAUCAUGACGAAAGAAUGUACUCGCUUUUUGCAACUCGUAUAAUCGUUUACGAGUGGCGUUAAGCAAGGCAACUAAACAAGUACGCCAUAGUUUCCACAACGUUCAAAGGCGAAUAAUAAUGAUCAAUAAUACAGUAUAAAUCCUAAAUAAAGUAUAAAAAAAACUUAAAGGUACUCAUAUUCAAAGUUGUAGUUACCAUGUAUACCGCACUAUUUAUUACAGGGAUAGUUGCAGGGAUUUAUAUAAUCGUGUACAAUGUUUUAAUUAAAAGACAGAGGUGUAAAAGCUCUACUACAUUGCACGGGAAGACUGCGAUCGUAACAGGGGCCAACACAGGCAUUGGAAAGGCCACAGCCCUGGAAUUGGCCAAAAGAGGGGCGAGGGUCAUCCUGGCCUGUCGAAGUCAGGAAAGAGCAGAGGCUGCCAUCCGUGACAUUAAGAGGGAAAGCGGGAAUGCAGAAGUGGUGUACAUGCAGCUGGACCUGGCGAGCCUGCAGUCGGUGCGCUCCUUUGCUGAGACCUUCCUAAAGACAGAACCAAGACUGGACCUUCUCAUCAACAAUGCAGGACUCUUGGUGGAAGGAAAGACAGAGGAUGGCUUUGGCAUGAUCUUUGGUGUCAAUCACCUCGGUCACUUCCUGUUAACUCUUCUGCUGCUGGAGCGUCUGAAGGAGUGUGGCUCAAGCCGAGUGAUAAAUGUGUCCUCCAAAGGUUACACUUUUGGAACCGUUGAUUUCAACUACCUGAGCACUCACAAAGAGCUUGGUGUGGGGGGCAGCGGCUAUCGGCUUUUUAAAUUGUACUGCCACAGCAAGCUGUGCAAUGUGCUCUUUACUCAUGAGCUGGCGAAGAGACUGCAAGGAACCAGUGUCACCUGCUACAGUCUACAUCCAGGACCAGUCAAAACGGAAAUAGCUCGUCACACCAGUAUAUGUUGGAAGAUCUUCCUCAUUCCUACAAGCUGGCUGUUCACUGUGGACCCAGAUUCUGGUGCCCAGACCACCCUGCACUGUGCCCUCCAGGAGGGCAUUGAGCCGCUAAGUGGCCGUUACUUCUCCGACUGUGUCGAGGAGGAAGUUCUCCCCAAGGCCAAAGACGACGCAGUGGCCAGGAAGCUGUGGGAAGUGAGCGAGAGACUGAGCGGGCUGUCCUGAGAGAACAUCAGCACCUGGCCUCCCGCAGUCCUGAUGGCGACAAAUAGGAAACGUUGUUUUGUACACAUGAGCGCUUCGUGGGAUUUUGGCAAUAUCAUUUUAUAUGAAGACCCUAGGCCAGGGGUCUGCAACCCUGGUCUCAGAGAGAGUAAUUUUUUACUGCUACUCAGCACUUAAUUAAUCAAUCAAGGGAACUGAUUACACUGUUAGCUUUUCUGGUGUGCAUGUUCUCCCCGUGUCCGCGUGAGUUUUCUCCGGGUACUCCGGUUUCCUCCCACAGUCCAAAGACAUGCAGGUUAGGUUAACUGGGGAGUCUAAAUUGCCCCUAGGUGUACUCCUGCCGUUGCCCUUGACCAAGUCACUGUCCUCGGAACUGGAGUUGGUCCCCGGGUGCCGCACUGUGGCUGGCUGCCCACUGCUCCUAAGUAAUUAGUAUGGGUCAAACGCAGAGGACGCAUUUCGUUGUCUUAGAAGGCAAUGACCUGAAUUGAAUCUAAUCUGGUUUUCGGGGUCUGAAUUUUUUUCUGAUGCCUGGACAAGGUUACAUACCUUUGCCUAAGCAGAAUAUGUAUUAAAAAAUUAAUUUGUAAAAAAAAGAUUCUCAGCAUGAGAAAUAUGCCAUUGUGCGAAACAUGUUCAACACAGAAGUCCUCUUACAAUUAAAAUGUACUGCAGUAUAUUCUCUGUGCUUGAUGGUGUUCUCAAUGGUCUCCAGGUCUUUCUUUUGUGAUCCUUUUAUGACCUGGCCUGCCAAGGGAGCAAGUAAUAUAACUUUCAUAUG